GCGCAUUGUGCACUAGGAACCAGGUCAUUCCAUGUUAGCGUGAUUUCCGCCUCUUCAUCAGGUUGCACCUCGAGCAUGGCGAUCCUGGGGAUCUCUAGAAUGACAGAUCCCUUCGUCAGAUGUGGGCAUGGCCCGGGCUGGGGUUUUGCUGCCGCAUCGGACCGCCCUUCGGCUGGUCCAGUGCACUGGGCGAGUUUGAGCCCACGUGGGAACUCUGGAUCUCAACGGCUGCUCAACGGAACACUGCCGCGAUGCCUGCCUAUCUAACCUAUCUUACCUUCAAAGACCAGCAUUCAUACCGGUAUGUACCGUUACGGCGUCCUUUGUCCCGGAAUAUGGCUGACCGGCCCUUACCGGUAUUUUCUGCAGUCAAUGUAGGUUCAUACGAUGCAACUCAGGGCAAUUUCCCGGGAAAAGAAGCCCCAAGACUAACAAGUCCAAUUAAGCAUAGUACCUAAUGAGGAUCGAGGGCGAGGGCAGUGGACAUGCAUGCAUGAUCGCGGAGCGGGGAUCGGGUGGCUUGAAGCACGACAUUUUGAAGUCCAGCCGGCAUUUUCCCAGGCUGCUGGUUUAUUGCUGAGAAAUGGCGGGCAUUUCACGCUGCAUGCCAAAUAGCCAAUAUCAAACAUGCAUCCAUGAUACCUACAGUGUGGUGAACCACUGCAGCUAGGACAAUGGACUGAGGAAAUGAAGGGGUCAGUACCGAGCCAAUGCCCGGAUUUCUUGCUCACUACGAAGUAGAUGCGACCAUGAUCAGCUUCUCAUCCGGCGUUUCUUACCUUUUAGUCUGUAUACAAGUUGACCUCCCAGGGUCGAGUCUAUGCAAGGUACCCGACACUAGCAC